AAGGGGGGCAGAGAGGCAAAUCAUCCCGCGUUUCGACCGUGAGCAAAGCCCAGCGCUCUGACUCUCACGGAGCGAGGGAAAAUGCUGAAGUUUUUCAGUCCGCGGGAUGAUGAGAACGAAAGUCUGCUGGGAGCCAUAACAGAAGAUGAAGGAGACCAUCCAUCUCUUCAGGACACAAAGCAGCACUGGCUCAAUAGACCUUGCCUGCUUGUGCUCAAAGAGGAAGAUGUGCCUAAACCAGGAAGACCAGAGUCUCCGUCUAAAACCCCUUCUGAAGUACCAAGAGAGGACCCCCAGGAGCCAAAAACAUCUGAUCCCUCGACCAAAACACCUUCACCUUCUCCACUGCAGAUCAAACCCCAGAAGGUGCUUAAACAGCUGGAGGAGGGCAACUGCACCAUCACAUCUAUUUCCACUUGGUCUGAGGGACUUGGAGAGGGUGCUAGCCCCCUGGUGCUGAGUCCUGCUGAAGCAGCUUGGCCAGAGGAGGAAGAGGUGGAGAAGGAACCCCAGAAGGCGAUUUCUAAAGAGGACUCUGUGGUUGAGGAGAAAGAGGUGGAGGAGAGCAGACUAGAGCAGUGUGAUCCAAAUGCUGAAGAUGCUAUAGGAAGCCAAGGGACAUCAUGUAGUGAUCCAGAAGAGUGUGGGGAGGGGUCUGCUGCCGGGCACACGGCAGCCUCUCUGCAGGACCCUGAUAAUGAUUCAAGGCAGCCCAGUCCUGUUGGCAUUCUGUCCAGAGAUCGCAGCUUGGUCCUGGGAGAGGUGGCCCCUGUGUGGGUCCCAGAUGCUCAGGCCCAGGUGUGCAUGAGGUGUGGGGUCCGCUUUACUUUUACCAAGAGGAGGCACCACUGCCGUGCCUGUGGGAAGGUUUUCUGUGCAUUGUGCUCCAAUCUCAAGUUCAAGCUCACACACCUCGAUGGAAAGGAGGGCCGUGUUUGUGUGGCAUGCCACUCAACUCUGAUUAACAGGACACCUCCAAAAGGAAAGCGGAGGGUGUGGUUUGCAGAUGAGAUCCUGAGCAGUAAACAGUCGGAGUCUGCUCCCACCACACCAGUGCGAGGGCCCAUGUUCUCCCCUCUCACGAGGCGUGCACUUGCCCCUUUAAAAAGCCCUGUCAGCUCCCCACAGUUUAGGAGAGCCUCAAGGACUCAUGGGACUGCAUCCAAUGAGGCCUGUAGUUCAUAUGGCUGGGGCACUGCAGCUUUGGUAGGCUGUUCUGUCAAUCUCAUCCCCUUGAAUGGGCUUCCACCUAUCCUGACAUCUACUGGUGUCAAAGGAGAUUACACUGUGGAAGAGCCCUCUGAGACACUUCUCAUUCAGGAACUGGAGAGCGGCAGACCAAAACCACUGGUGUUUGUGCUCAAUGCUAAUCUUCUGGCUAUGGUCAAACUGGUCAAUUAUGUGAACCGGAGGUGCUGGUGCGUGACCACAAAGGGCCUGCAUGCCGUGGGGCAGGACGAGGUGGUGGUGCUGCUGCAGUGUUCCCCUGAAGAGAAGACUUUCCCCAAAGAUAUCUUCAGUCACUUUAUCCAGCUGUACCGGGACAGUCUCACAGGAAAGGUGGUGAAGCACUUGUCCCUGUCUCUGUUUGGGAGCACAUUUCUGGGCAGUGCAGACCAUGCAGGCCUCCUCUACGUCCGUGCCACUCACCAGUCGCUCCAGGGACUACCUCUGCCCAACCAGCCUUACCUCUUCGGCCUGUUGGUCCACCGCGCGGAGGUGGCCUGGGCCAAAGCGUUCCCCCUGCGCCUCAUGCUGCGUUUAGGGGCAGAGUGCAGAUUUUACCCAUGUCCUUUGUACAGUGUACGAUUUAGGAAACCUUUGUUUGGGGAGAUUGGUCGCACUAUAAUGAGACUGUUAGUUGACUUUAGAAAUUAUCGUUACAGCCUUCCAACGGUACCGGGCCUCACUGUGGAUCUCAAAGCUCAGAGGACAUGCAUUAAGAUACCCACCACCGGCUACAAUGAGAUGAUGAGGGCUCUAAGUAAGUCUAACGAACAUGUACUGGCCAUCGGGGCGUGUUUCAACGAGGGUGCAGAUUCUCACCUCAUCUGUGUGCAAGGGGACGAUGGCCAGUACCAAACCCAGGCAAUUAGUAUUCACAAUCAACCUCGCAAAGUCACUGGAUCAUGCUUCUUCAUCUUCAGCAGUGCCCUUAAAGCCUCUGCAGGAUACCUCGCCAAGUCCAGUAUUGUAGAAGAUGGCCUCAUGGUGCAGAUCACCGUGGAGACUAUGGCAGAACUGAGGCGGUCGCUACGGGAGAUGAAAGACUACAUUGUCACCUGUGGAAAGCUCGACCAGUCAGAGAGCCAGGAGCUUGUUUGUGUACAGUGGGUGGAGGAAAAGUGCAGGGUGAAUAAGGGCAUUAUAAGUCCAAUUGAUGGGAAAUCUAUGGAGUCCAUUAGUAGUAAGAAGUUGUUUCAGAAGUCUGAGUACAAAGAGAAUGGAAAAAUUAUCCGGUGGACAGAAGUUUUCUUUUUACAAAGGGGAGAUCAUGGUAAAGGAGACAUGCCAGAAACUGCGGAACAAAACCGGCUAACAGAGCGAAUAGCCAGAGCAUUUUGUUUGGCACUGUGUCCACACCUGAAACUGCUCAAGGAAGACGGCAUGGCCAAACUAGGGCUACGUGUGACCUUUGACCCUCAAGAGGUGGGAUUUGUGGCUGGGAGCAAUGGACAGCCACUCCCUGCUCAGUACCUCAAUGCACUGGAUAGUGUGCUUAUUCCUGUUAUACACAGCAGGGGGCGUAAAAGAAGCGACGAGUCUAUAGUGAUGGAGCUUAUUUUUUACAUACUAGAAAAUGUCACUUAAGAGUUGCAUUGUCUUCCUAACCACAACAUUUGAGCUGCCAUAUGGUUUCAGGGCAAUAAAAGCAGCGCAUUUAAAUGGCAGAUUGGACCACAUUUGUUGGUUUGACCCUUUUCAUCCACAUUACAACACUGUGGUUUUCUGAGACCACUCUGCCCUUUGACAAUCAGGGUAUGCAUGACACUAAACAGGCCUUUAGAUCAGGGCACUGCACUGUAGACGACCUCAUACGUAGCUGAUCAUUGAUAACACAAUGUGUAAUACCUUUAACGAGGAAACACCUCAAACUACAUGCAAGGAGAAAAGUGAAUGACUUUGAAGUACUGUAUGCAGAUUUGUAGCCAAUUUAACGCACACUGACUGAAUGCUUAUGAAUGUUUUCUUACUGGAUGUAUUUUACUGACUGCUUCUGCGAUGCAUUCUCAGCUUGAAAUUAAAAACUAAUGAUAAAGUAACUC